AUGUGCCCGUUUGCUUUGCUCCCUGACCCCACUGCCCAGCUCCGUUCCCCGCUGGGGUCAGCGGCCCACGCCGGCCAGCACCCGCUCACCUCGAGGGCGGCCACUGGACGGCCCGGGGCCGGGGUGCAGAAUCCCCGCCUCCUGCCCGCUAGUCCGCAGCGUCCCCGCGCCCGACCUGCGAACCUGUGGGCCGCGGAUCCCGCUCCGGACUCUGCUCCCCGGAGCAGGGGCCGGUUCUCGGGGAGCAGGUGGUCCCCAGCCACCGGCCGCGAUCCCUCGCCCCCCCCCGCGUCGCCUCCCCUCCGCCCCGGCCCUCAGACUCCGCCGCCCCGCGUCGCCUCACUUCGGCCCAGGCCGCCCUCUCCGCGUCGCCUCGCGUCCGCUCGGGCCUCUGCUCCCCUCUUGUCAGCUCGCGUCGCGUCCUUUCCCCUGUCCUCCCCUCACCACACCCCGGCCGCCCGCGUCGCCUCGCCUCCCCUCCCCUCACCUUGCCCCGGCAGCGCGAGUCACCCCCCUCAGCUCUCUUCACCCGCCCUCCGCUCCGCUUUGGCCACCCGCGUCACCGCCCCUCACGUCAGCCCCGCCUCAGCCCGCGCGCCCGGCGUCAGGCCCCGCCCCCAAGAGCCCAAGGUUCCCGCGGCGCCCUCGGGCCCCGGAGGCGGCGUCUUCUCCCCUCCGGUUUGGGAUGAAUUUUCUCUCGUUUCCCCAGGAGACAGUGACUGCCUUGGGGGACGCAUCGACCCCAAGCUUCUCGGGACUCCACUUUCCUCCAUAUUGGCCGUUCCCCAGCGGGGUUAACCUUUCUCCCCGCCCCCAGCGUGCUUCGGGGUUGGCGGGGAAGAUUCCCGCCGCGCUGAGUCUAGGGCACAGGGUCAUGGAAGGCGGGAAACCAGGAAACUCCACUCCUUACUUCAGUCCUGCCAGCUGCCUCACAGUGCGAGGCAAAAAUGGAGGAACACUUAAGAAAUGGCAGUCAGGAGAACUUCCAGGAAUCGCGCACUUCGCCCUCAAACAUUGGUGGGCACUAGAAUGAGCCUUUCCUGCCCCAGCCCCUCAGCUGAAUCUCUAAGGAGAAUGCUCUAGAGGGCUGUUCGCCUAUGCUGAUUCGCUGAACUGAACAGGAAGCAGAAACCCCAGGGCACACUCCACGCAGGACCUGAUGCUGGAACGAUCAGCCACAGGACCUAAGCCCUUUGGAGCCUCCGUUCAUCGACUAUCAAAGGAGGAUGCGUUGUGAAGAAGCACGAAUGGGAGGGAGUGUGAACUCUGCCUGUUAGCUGAUUCACUCAACCAACCUCUACCCCUCCCACCCCUGGGCUUGGUGCUGGGACAGCGAUGACGGGGAGAGGGUCCUGCCUCACAGGACUACAACAGCCAAAGGGCUGUGGGUACAAGGGGGACAGGGCAGGUGUUCUGCCUCUUGGGGGAGGCCUUGAAGGGGAAGUUGGAGCCCUGAAGCAUGAGUCUGCAGAAGUAGCAAUCAUUCAAUAAAUACAUGCUGAUUUAUUACAGGGAUAA